AUGAGCAAGAACAUUGCCUUUUUCGGAGCGAGCACCGGCUGCGGCCUCGCCGCCCUCCGACACAGCCUAGCAGCAGGCUACACAUGCACGGCCCUCUGCCGCAACCCCGGCCGUCUGACGACCGCCCUCUCCGCAACGGAAUCGACGCCCGCCGUGCCGCAGGACAAGUUGAGGGUGGUGCAGGGCAACGCCCACUCCGUGGAAGACGUGGCCCGGUGUCUGGCGGCGCCGGGAACCCCCACCGGCCUCGUCGACGCCGUCGUCUUUAGCAUCGGCGGGGCGUUUCAGUGGAAGAGCAUGAAGAUUGACGACCCUACCGUGUGCGAUCGGGGCGUGGAGACGCUGCUGGCCGCGAUAUCCAAGCUCCGGGCCGAGGGCGCCGGCAGCGGCAGCGGCACCGGGCCCAAGGUGGUGGUGGUUAGCACGACGGGGAUCUCGGAGUUUGGGAGGGACAUACCGCUCGCCAUGAUUCCGCUGUACGCGGCCCUGCGGAGCCCUCACGCGGACAAGAAGAAGAUGGAGGAGCGGAUCCGGACCUCGGGCGAGGCGUGGACGGCCGUGCGGCCGAGUUUGCUUGUGGAGGAAGGCGAGGAUGAGAAGGGCGAGAAGGCGGAAAAGGAGAUUCGGGUCGGGGAGUAUCUCGGCAAGGCCGUCACCAUCACGUACUAA